AUGUACAUUAUGAUAUAUCAGAUGGUCAUGGAGGUUCAGGACCACAACCCUUCAUCUAUUUACUUCGUUGCCUUCGCUUUCUGCUUUCUCUUCGUCUUAUUCAAGAUCGUUCAAAGUUGGGGUUCCUACAACUCCUCUACCAAUUUACCCCCAGGACCUUGUACACUACCUCUCAUAGGAAAUUUACACCAUUUUGUAGGUUCAGUGCCUCAUCGCUCCUUAAAAAAAUUGGCAGACAAGUAUGGCCCGUUAAUGACCAUAAAACUAGGAGAGGUGUCGAACAUCAUAGUCACUUCACCGGAGAUAGCCCAAGAGAUUUUGAAAACACAUGAUCUCACUUUUUGUGAUAGGCCUAGCCUUUCAUCCUCCAGAAUUGUUUCUUACAAUUAUACUAACCUUGCCUUCGCUCGAUACGGAGAAUAUUGGAGGCAACUACGAAAGAUAUGCACAGUGGAGCUACUAACGACGAAGCGCGUGCAAUCUUUCCGCUCCUUAAGGGAAGAGGAGGCAUCAGAAAUGGUUAAAAAAAUAGCUGCAAGUGAAGGGUGCGUUAUUAAUCUCACCCACAACAUUUACCCGAUGACUUAUGGAAUAACGGCACGAGCAGCUUUUGGUAAAAAGAGCAGAUAUCAGCAAGUGUUCAUAUCAAAGAUCGAGGAGCAAUUGAAGCUCAUGGGAGGGUUUUCAGUUGCUGAACUCUAUCCUUCUAGCAGAUUGCUUCAAAUGAUGGCGAAUACCAAACUUGAGAAAGUCCACAGACACAUUGAUAGGAUUUUGCAGGACAUCAUCGAGGAACACAGAAAUAGAAGCAGCAGCGACCGUGAAGCAGUGGAAGAUCUGGUUGAUGUUCUUCUCGCGUAUCAGGAAAAGGGUUCCACAUCUCACUUAACCGAUGACAACAUUAAAGCCGUCAUCCAGGACAUAUUCACUGGUGGAGGCGAAACUUCAUCUUCUGUGGUGGAAUGGGGGAUGUCGGAAUUGAUAAGAAGUCCAAGAGCGAUGGAAAAAGCACAAGCUGAGGUGAGAAGAGUGUAUGAUAGCAAGGGAUAUGUGGAUGAGACAGAGUUAGAGCAGCUGGUAUACUUAAAGUCCAUAAUCAAAGAAAUAUUGAGGUUACACCCACCUGUGCCACUGCUAGUUCCUAGAGAAAGUAGAGAAAGGUGCCAAAUUAAUGGAUAUGAGAUACCCUCUAAGACUAGGGUCAUCCUCAAUGCUUGGGCAAUUGGAAGAGAUCCUAAGUAUUGGAGUGAAGCUGAUAGUUUUAUACCCGAGAGGUUUCAUAACAACUCCAUUGAUUUCAGAGGCACAGACUUUGAAUAUAUCCCUUUUGGUGGUGGAAGGAGGAUUUGCCCAGGCAUUUUGUUUGCCAUCCCCAACAUUGAGUUGCCACUUGCUAGUUUACUUUACCAUUUUGAUUGGAGGCUUCCCAACCAAAUGAAGAAUGAAGAACUUGACAUGACUGAGUGUAGUGGAAUUACUCUCAGAAGAGAGAAUGAUCUUUACUUGAUUCCCAUCAUCACUCGUCCACCUUCAAAUAUGUAA